AUGCUCCCCGCGCUCCUCCGCCACCAGGCCCGGCCGCGCGCCGGAGCCGCCGUCGUGAGCUCCGUGUCGACCUCCGGCGCCUCGCUCCGCACCCUCGCGUCGGCGUGCUCGUCCGGGUCCGCCUCGCAGACCCUCCCCAAGUCGCCGAUCCGCGUGCUUCGCUCCGUCGAGGCCGUCCGUCGCUGGCGCCAGCCGCACAUCAUCAACCACCGCUCCGUCGGCCUCGUGCCCACCAUGGGCGCGCUGCACGAGGGCCACUUGUCGCUCAUCCGCGCCGCCGCCCGCGAGAACCACCACGUCGUCGUCAGCGUCUAUGUCAACCCCGCGCAGUUUGGCAUCCGUGAGGACCUCUCCUCGUACCCCGUCACCUGGGACGAGGACGCCAGGGCCUUGGCCAAACUCGACCGGGAGCUUGCCGACGAUGGCGGCAACCUGGGCCGCAUCUCGGCCGUGUUUGCGCCCACGACAGAGGAGAUAUACCCCUCGGGCUUCCCCGGCCAGGAAGUCGACAGCAAGGGCAGCUUCGUCACCAUCACGCCCGUCGGCGAGGUGCUCGAGGGCGCCAGUCGACCGACCUUCUUCCGCGGCGUCGCAACCGUGUGCAUGAAGCUCUUCAACAUCGUGCAGCCGGAGCGCGUCUACUUCGGCCAGAAGGACGUCCAGCAGACCGUCGUCAUCCGCCGCAUGGUGAGCGACUUCCUCCUCCCCAUGUCCGUCGUCAUUGGCCCGACUACGCGCGGAUCCGAUGGCCUCGCUCUGAGCUCGCGCAACGUGUACCUCGGCCCGCGGCGCCGGGCCGUGGCCGUCGUCCUGCCCGGCGCGCUGCACACCGCCGAGGCCAUGUAUAAGUCUGCUGGGCGCCGCGACCGGGAUAGCAUCCUGGGUGCCGCACACAACUUCGUCGCGGCCGUGGCACAGGUGCAGGCCGACCUGCCCCCAGAGGAGCGUGUUUCGUUUGAGCUUGACUACCUUUCGCUCGCGGACCCGGAGACGAUGCAAGAGAUAGAUGAGGUGGACCCUGCUCGCGGCGCUGUGCUGAGCGGUGCCGUCAAGAUGUUGCCCGUGGAAAAACCGCGUGAAGGCGAGGAUCUGGGACACAGUGGAGGCCCAGCGGUGCGGUUGAUUGACAACAUCAUCCUCCCGCCCCAAGAGGCCAAGGAUGAGUGA